AUGCACGCUGGCGUUGCGGUGCGCCUCCACCAACUAGAGCGUGGGGCUGCAAUCUCUGCAGAGGCGAGCGGGGUGCAGUUAAAGAAGCGGUCUGCGAUGGACUUGACGGACGGGUGGCCAAAUAUGACGAGCGACAAUAACCUCCAAGUCACUUUCUCAAAACAUAGAGUCAGUCUGUUUAAGAAGGCCAGUGAUCUCUGCACCCUCUGUAGCGUCGAGAUUGCUAUCAUCGUGUUCUCACCAAAGAACAAACCCUUCUCCUUCGGCCACCAAUCCAUCAAGUCCAUCGUAGACCGCUUCCUUAACUGCGCCCCGCCCACCUCUGUGGAGACCCAUGGUGCCAUGCUCCAUCUGGUGGAGGCGCACCGUAAUGCUAGCGUGCGCGAGUUUAACACGUAG